GUCGGUAAAAUGGAGUAUAGCAGUGGGAGUUAUUUCCCCAUCCCCAAAAUAUUUAAAUAAAUAGGAUUUGGAAUCGAUAGCUGACACCGUGGGACAACUGUCAACCUCAUCGAUAGAGUUUGUGACAAUCUGUUGUUUUUAAUUCGUGGGUAAUCGCGGAAGCAGCGGAUACUGUGCGGUUGUCUGAGUGCAUGAGGUGGAUGGUGCGCUGGGGCGAACCCAAAAUAUUUUAGCAGUGCUAUGUUAGCUUGCUAGUUUAGCUAGCUUAGCUAGUCCUGACAGGCACCCGAUUCACAGGCCUGCGGAUGGGAUGCGUAUAUUGCAAUGAAAGACGGGACUAAAAGCGAAAGAUGUGGACCUUUUCAAACUGAUUAAAGUUCGUUAUUAUAUCCGUAUACUUUUUUUGACAGCUGGCAAACGCCGUGGCGCUCCUGGAUCGCGUGUUGCUGCAGUCACUGCCAUUCUCUGUCGCCCCCCGGCCCGUGCCAGUGGAGCACUCCGAGCGGGCGGACUGGCACACGGCGCGGCGGUCACCUCCGUACACAGACAGCUAUCGCCGCGGUUUGAUCUUGUAUCCUGGUCAAAACGCAACUCGCUGGAGAUACAAUUUAUAGCUAGUAACAGCUAGCUAUCACUUAAGAGACCCUGUGGUGGUGUGCGUAGCGCACCAUGGCCCAGACCCUUCAGAUGGCGAUUCCUAACUUUGGCAACAACGUCCUGGAGUGUCUGAACGAGCAGCGUCUCCAGGGGCUCUACUGCGAUGUCUCCGUGGUCGUCAAGGGACACGCCUUCAAGGCUCACCGUGCCGUGCUUGCGGCCAGCAGCUCUUACUUCCGGGACCUGUUCAGCACUGGGGGAGGCAGCGGCUCCAAGACCCCCACAGUGGUGGAGCUCCCCCCGGCCGUCCAGCCCCAGAGCUUCCAGCAGAUCCUGGCCUUCUGCUACACAGGCCGCCUCAGCAUGACAGUGGGAGACCAGUUCCUCCUCAUGUACACCGCAGGCUUCCUGCAGAUCCAGCAGAUCAUGGAGAAGGGCACAGAGUUCUUCCUCAAGGUUUCCUCGCCCAGCUGUGACUCCCAGGGCCUGCAAGCCGAGGAGGCCCCGCCCUCCGAACCCCAGAGCCCCGUCACUCAAACUGUUGCCGCGGGGACUGGCAGUCGCCCCGCCUCCUGCCUUACCCCCCUCCCCCUCGUAGCGCGGGUGAAGACAGAGCAGCAGGGCAACCAAUCAGAAGCCUCGCCCUACUCGGUGGUGUGCACCCCUGUGGCCAAGCGCUUGUGGGAGGGCGGCAGCAGCCGAGACGGGGGUGGAGGGGGCUCAGGUGGAGGCGGAUCCAGGAAGGCCGCCCGCUUUUCCCAGGAGUCCGUGCGAGGGAGUGCCAUCCAGAGCUCGGGGGCGCUGGCACUGGCCAUGGGGAUGGGGGCCAGCGGGGCGGGGAUAGGAUCAGGGGUCGGGGGUCACGGCAGCGGGUCCAACGGGAGUGUGGUCUCCAUGGGCAACGUGGCAUCGGAGGGCGCCAGCCCGGGCACGAUGAGCGCCUACACCAGUGACUCACCUAUCAGUUACCAUGACGAGGAGGAAGAGGAGGAGGUGACAGAGGAGCAGACAGAGGAGCAGUACAGGCAGAUCUGUAACAUGUACACCAUGUACAGCAUGCUCAACGUGGGCGCCGCAGCUGGUGAGCGUGUGGAGGCCCUGCCGGACCACUCAGAGACCCGGGGUCGUAUGCGGGGUCGCCAGGACCUGUCGUCUCUCCCCGCUGAGCUCAUCACACAGAUAGGCAACCGCUGCCACCCCAAACUAUACGAGGAGGGGGACCCCGCAGAGAAACUAGAGCUUGUCUCAGGUACGUGUGUGUUCAUAUCUCGAGCCCAGCUGAUGAACUGUCAUGUGAGUGCAGGGACCAGGCACAAGGUGUUGCUCAGGAGGCUGCUGGCUGCCUUCUUCGACAGGAAUACUCUGGCUAACAGCUGUGGAACAGGAAUCCGCUCCUCCACUAACGACCCCAGCCGCAAGCCCCUGGACAACAGAGUGUUGCACGCAGUCAAAUUCUACAGCCAGAACUUCGCCACGAGCUUCAAGGAGAGCGAGAUGAACGCCAUCGCGGCGGACAUGUGCACCAACGCCCGCCGCGUCGUCCGCAAGAGCUGGAUCCCCAAGCUGAAGCUGCUCAUGGCCGAGGGCGACGCAUACUCCGCCUUCCUCCCCGACGCCAAGAUGGAGGCCGACGCCCUAGGGGCGGAGCCAACCUUUGAACCCAACACCCUGGAGGGUGCCGAGACGGGUGGCUCGUCUGGCGAGUCGCUGCAGGGGGUGGGAAGCGACGGAGGCACUUUGUUUUAGAUGGGGAGGUGGAGUACAGAAGUGUUUAGAAGACGAUGAUGAUGAUGAAUACCUAUAUUUCCCUGUACUCCUUUCUUCUCCUCUGGUGGUGUGGCCCAUCCCCCUGACCCUUUGGCCUUUUCAUCCUCCACCUCCGACAUGUGACUCUGAAACGUUGCUAGGGGAAACAGGGGUUGUUACCAGGAUGUUAACCAGGAAGUAAUGCUUUAAUUUUGAAAGCAAGAGUCCAAGCAAUCGUAACUUCCAAUAUGGUUUCUGCUGUAUAAUAGUAUGGGGUAGAGAAAGGGUGAUGGGUUUGUGGGGAUGCAGUAUUUUUUUAAAUUUAAUUGUUUUGUUUUAUUAACCAAAUUCCUGCCUCUCCAUAUCAAAACACAUUCCCCUGGUUUUGAAUGUAGAUGUCAGCAGCAUUGCACAAUGUCAGUCUGAAGGAUUGUAUCCCAACCUCUUGAGGAAAAAGAAACCGACAGAAAGAUAACUACUCUAUGGAUAUGAGAGAGACUGUAGUUUCCCUCUAGAAUGAGAGAAAGAGAAAAGGGGAGAGAGGGAGCGAUAGAAAGACCCCUAACCCACCAACCCCACACCCUUCUGUGACCAGAACAAAAUGAUUAUGCCCUCAGUUUUAAUGUACUAUCUCUCUUCUUGUAGCUUUUCUGAUCACAGCUCGUUUCUCUGUUUGUAACAUGGAUCCAGAGAUGAUGACUACAGGUGUACAACCUGUAAUUGUAAAGAAAUCCAAGGGGAACAGAAAAAGACGGUCAUAUUUUUUUGAAUACGUAUUUAUACAACUGCUGUUGUGUACAGAGAGAAAGAGAGGGAUUGGUUUUAAAUCUGUUGUUUUAUUGUAUUUUGAACAGCUGUUUUUGCAAAGAAAGUCCUGCUCCGAAAAAUAAGAUUUAAAAGCAAAUAAAUAAAAGUGCUAUUUUUGCAUAAAAAAUAUGGUAUUGAUCAAGUGGCCAGAAAAAUCUUAACGUAGGGCCUUUUGAGUUUUUUGUUUUGACAAACUAUUGAACUGAAAAAUCUGUUUUUAAGACAGAACUGGGCACUUUCUACCUGUGGCAAUCCAAUAUAGCUUAUUAUCUUAUUCUUGUCCUUUUUCUCUAUGGAAAUUGUCAAGGAAGCCUACCUAAUUGGCUGUUCACAACGAUGACUGACUAUGUUAUGCUUGCUAGCAACGUUACUAUGCUAGCUAAACUGCUUACUCGGAAAUCACGGCUAAAUGUAAAAAUGCACAGCUUGAAUCAACUGGUGGACUGCUGCAACUAUCGUGCUAGCUAGCUAACCCCUCCUCUGUUGGUUAGUGACUGGCUCCGAAGCAGACUACUGACAUCAUUACACCUCAUGAGGUGGUGAUUCAAUGACCGGAAAACAUUUGGAAUAAUGGAAUGUGCCUUUUUUAAUCAACAUGGAUAUGCAGGGGUGGGUCCUGCUUAUGUUGAUGUUGGGAAGGAGGGAGUAGAAUGGGGUUUAAAAGGGGGCAGGUCGUUCAGCUUGAGACAGAGUUGUAACACACACACACACGUGUUCCAAAGAGAGAUGGGGUGAGGUCAGGGGGAUUGGCAUUCCUGUGGAGUAGGUUGGUGUGUUUUAAACAGUCUCAUAUAUGUGCGAGAGCAAGCAUUUGUUCAUUUCUUGAAUGUGACUGAAAAGUAUAUUUUGUUCCUGUGCGAUUGAUGUGUGUGAGUGCGCUUUACGUGGAUGUGCGUAUGUGUGAGUGCGCUUUAGGUGGGUGUGUGUGAGUGUCCUCCACCUGGUAGUCUUUUGGAUUGGUUUAAGACUCCCUCUGCUGGGACACUUGUCUUUGUGAACGAUGACCUACACCAUCUUCCAUACACCUUUGCAAUCCUAAAGAUGUGAGACACCUUCAGAUAGAAAAGUGAUGUAUAGAGCGGACACAAUUCACUUUUCUCCAUACGGCAGAGAAGCAGGUCCACUCUAUGCAUGACAUUUCUGUCCUGAUUGCUGUUGUUUCUCUCACGCUUGGUAAAUCCAAGAUGGACAAUGGUGGAUAUGUUAAAGGGGAGGUGAAGCACCUUUUUAAAUGGGAUGAACCCAUGUUUCCUGCACCUUUGAUAAAAGGUUUUGAUGUGUGUUGUGGAGAAUCAAUCCAAGGGUCAUGCAAAGGCAUGGCCUUGUUCAAAUACUUUUAAGUGGCAUCCUUCCUCCCUUUCCUUGAUGUAAGCACUUCAGGGACGGGACUAAAGGAAGGGUGCAUUUAGAGAGUAUUGGAACAUAGCCUGCGUCUCAGAUCUGUGGAUGUGGGAUGCACUGGGAUGACUCCAGUUGUAAAUAUUGGGACCAUUGAGUUGACUUUCUUUCUACGUUCGUCUAGCGAUUUCCUAUGUAGGGUGAUUGUAACCGGGUGAUUGUGUAACAGUGUGGAAGCGAUGAAAGAGGACUUUUU